AUGGCCAAGUCGAAUCUGGAGCUGGUCUGCGAAUGCGAUAGUUUCCCCUACUACGAGGAUGACCGUGCCGCCUACACGGCCAACCUCAACAACUACCACGCCUUCCGCGUGUCCGGAUACGAUGCUACGCUAGGAUAUAUUUUGAACGCGGUGGUCGAGCGAUUCCCCUGGCCACAGAAUUGCUGGGCCGUGGACUCGGCGGCGCGCACAGUGACGCUCCUAGCCCCGAAAGACGCCAGCCCCGCGCACCGCAGCAAGCUGGUGGCGCAGAGCGUCGCCGAGGCCGUGCGACACAGCCACUUCGAAGUGCUGAAGGGAUGGCGCAACGAGAUGUACCCAGUGUUUGGGCCCAGGGGUGAGUUUCUGUUCGAGAUUGAGCGCGCCGCCUCGCCGCUGUUCGGCAUCGUCUCGUACGGCGCCCACCUGACCGGGUAUGUGGAGGACCUGGCGGGCAUCAAGAUCUGGGUCCCGCGCCGCGCAAAAAACAAGCAGACCUAUCCGGGUAUGCUGGACAACACAGUCGCAGGCGGCAUGUGCACGGGCGAGGCGCCCUUUGAGUGCAUUGUGCGCGAAGCCAUGGAGGAGGCCUCGCUGCCCGAGCCGGUUGUGCGCGCUGCUACCGUCUCCCGUGGCUGCGUCACCUACGUGCAUGUGCGCGAUGUACGGGCCGGCGGCGAGACUGGCCUGCUGCAGCCCGAGGUCGAGUAUGUCUAUGAUUUGAAACUCGACCCGGCAGUCGUUCCCAAGCCAGGGGAUAAUGAAGUCGAGGCGUUCCAGCUGCUGUCGAUUCCUGAGGUCCAGCAGGCAUUAUCUAAUGGCGAGUUCAAGCCGAAUUGUGCUAUCAUCAUGAUCGAUUUCUUUAUCCGACAUGGUCUUCUGACCCCGGAGAAUGAGCCCGAUUAUUUGGAGAUCGUCGCCCGGUUGCAUCGACGCAUGGAACACCCGACUGCAUCGCAUUGCUCUCGGUAG